CUGGGUCUCUCUCCAUGGCGACUCUCAAGUUACUUUUUCUCUGUUACUUUUUUUACCUUUUCUUGGAUUUAUUUUCUGUCACAGCUACAUCUCAGAAGAACAUCACAGCGUCACCUGGACAGAACGUCUCUCUGCCAUGCAGAGUCCCCAACAACAAACCUGCUUUCAUUGUAAAGUGGACCCGACCUGAUCUAGAACCAGAAUAUGUUCUCCUGUACAGAGACGAGCAGCUGGAUCCAGAGAAGCAGCAUCCAUCUUAUCAGAACCGGGUGGACCUGCAGGACAGACAGAUGAAGGACGGAGACGUGUCUCUGGUUCUGAAGAACCUGACGACUAACGACAGAGGAACAUAUGAGUGUCGGGUGUUUCAGAGAGAAGCAAACGGCAGGAAGAGACGUACUCUGACCUCUGACCCCAUCAGCAGCAUCUUCCUGGAUGUAGCUCCUCCUGCAGGUGAGCUGCCAGUGGCUCCGUCUUUCCUGCAGCUCCUGACUUGUUGA